AUGGAUCCAUUAGAUAUUGAUUCAAGUGCGUUUGACCCAUAGAAAUAUAUUACUCAUUUCUUAAAAGAGCGCUCCAUAUAAGAACUUAUUAGGAAGAAUAAUACAGUAUAAUAAGAAAUAAAAAAUUAUGAUUAGGAAAUUCAAUCGUUAGUAUUUUAGAAUUACUCUCGUUUUAUCAGCUCUAUUGAUACAGUUAAAAAAAUGAAGAGUGAUAUAUUUAAAGUGGAUGACAAAAUGAAAGUUUUAGAAGAAUCCAUGAAUAAGAUUACUAGUUUAUCAACAAAGGUUGAUGAAUCACUUAGUAUAAAGAGAAACGAAAUUUAAAAACUUAACACAAUUAAAGUUGACUUGGAGAAACUAAAUAUGCUCUGCAGAUUCCCCGAAAUUUUAGCUGAAGACUUAUAAGCAUACAAACAGAUGGUAGAACAAGGAGAAAUCUAUUAUGCAAAUAUUUUUAAUAACUCUAUUGAAGCUUACAAAGAAUGCUUUAAGAAACUUGACGAGUUUUAAGAGGAGCCACUUAUUAAGCCCAUUUAUAAAGACUCUAUAGAUAAAGUUGAAGAAACUAGAAGCGUUUUAUGGAAGAUUUAAAAUUCCUACAAACCUCAAACUCAGUUAGUAAGUUUAUUGAAACCAAUUCAAAAUUAGGUAGGUUAAAUUAACACUUCAGAAUUAAGACACGUAACAAACAAACUAAUAUAAAUGAUGCAAGAUUAGGAGUCUGUCCUUAGAAACUAUUUAAAGAUUAUUAAAGAUAGAUUCAAGUAAAUGACUCAAGACAUUAUUAAUUCUUCUUUGACUUAUAGUUAUACUAAUAAUUAGAAUCACCACUAAGAUUUUAACUACUCAGAUAAGCUAGAAGCUUUCUUGAAGUCAAAGAAGUAUUUAGUAAAUAUGGAUGAACUAGGAACAUUUUUUAAGUAAAUUCAAAACGAAAUAGUCGAAAUGGAGGUAGGAUAAGAAGGAACAAUCAUUUGGUUAGUUAACUAGCUUAUUAAUAAAAUAUUCUCUGAAUUAAAAGUUGAGUUAUAAUUCCUGCUCAAAGAAUUAGGUGAUAACAUCAGAUAUUUUAGUUAGAGAGAUGAAAUUAUUGAACAAACUAUAAGAGAAAUCUUUAUGUACAUUUUAGAGGAAAUAAACACAAAAAUGUCAAAAAAAAUCACAUACAUAGAAGUAAGCGAAUGCUUUAAAUUACUCAAUAAUUGCUUCACUGAUAUUAUCUUCAACAACCCUUAUAUUAAGCGCAAUUUCAAAACCAGCGUUUCAGAUAAAUUCUCAGAGCUUGUAGAAAAAGUUUGCAGAGGACAAGUUCUAAACUGCUUCACAAAUUUACGUUAAGAAUUUUUGAAAUUAGUCAUCUCGUGCAAAGAAUAGUGUUUGCAAAUUGAAUAAGAAAAUAUUAUUCCUAAAAUUAAAAAUAGCUUUGCUGAAGCUGAAUCAUUUACUUAUAAGGAAAUAAUGUAUUUAACAGAUGUCAUGAAAAAUAAAUUAGAUUGUAUGGUUUAAUGGACUUGUCUUGAACUUAAAUCUUUCCUCUAUUGGGAUGUUUAAUACUUGAGAACUCAUGAUGUUUUUAUAGGGCUAAUUAAUAUUUAAAUUGCAGAAUUUGCCAAACUAGUUUUCAAGAUAAUGACAUUGAGAUAAAAUUAAGUUUCUGUUGAGAAUCUUUCGUUGCUAAACAAUCUAGCUACUAGCUAAUAAUAGUUAAAAGAAACUAAUCCUCUUUUUACAGAUCUUCUUAAAAACUAUAAAGCAGCCCCUGAAAAUACAACUUAUUUCAUAUUUGCUAAUUAGUUUUUGUAAAUUUAUGAAAACAAAUAAAUUAACAGAAUUUAUGAAGUUUUGAUUUAAUCUAACGAAUAAGCAGUUAAAUCCCUUUUCAGUGUUUAGCACGGACUCUAUGAAUUUUAUGAGCAAGAAAUCAGUCUUAUUGAUGGCUAAGUCAUACCUAGAUUGAAAUAGGAGUGCAAAUACGAACAUAGUCUAAACUAUGUUAACUAUGUUUAAGCUUUAAGUGAAGAAGUCUUGCUCAGCCUUGAUUAAUAUUUUGAAGAUUCUAACUGGACAUCUUCAAGCAAUUUAGCAUAACCGACUGAAAUAAGUCAACCAAUUCUUUCCUUAGCUGAAAAAGUGAGACAAAUUCUUUUGGAAUUAGAUUUAUUUUUCCCAGAUGCAAAAAGAGGUUUGACAAAAAAAGGUUCUUUUAUCAAGUAAGAUAGUGAUCUUAACAUAGAAGUCUAGCGUAUUUUAGUUAAAAAGAGUAAAGUUUUUGAUCCAUCAAAGCUAUUAUUUAAUAGAAAUAGCUUGAUGGUUUGCCUUUUGAAGGCCAUCCUCAAAGCCUUAAUAGAGAGAGUUAGAAAAGUGAAGAUAUACACUAAAUUUGGAUACUAAAAAUUGCAGUGUGAUCUCUUUUUCAUAGUGCAAAUCUUUUAUGAAAUGAUAUCUGAUGAUGAUGAAAAUUUUGUAAUUGCAUCUUAUUAUGAAAUGAUAGAAAGCGCCAAGGAUAAUACUUUAGAAGUUUCAUCUUUAGAAUAGAAUAUAUUAGAUUAAAUUUCAAUUUCUAAAAGAACUUAGCUAAAAUUAUGA